CCAUCUUUGAAAAUAGUAAACAGAUGACAAGGAGGACAAUUUGUACUGCAUGAAUAGAAAUGGUUCAAUGGUAGUCAAGAAUAAUACCUAAAUGGUUAGUUGAAACCAAAAAAGGAAGAUCUUGAAUAAGUUUUAAGAAGCAGUAAGGGUAGACUUUGAAAUGCCACUUGGAAGUUUUGACUUACUGAAAGAGGACACAAGACUGAUAAAGUGUGAUGAAACAGUCUACAAGGUGAAAGUUUUACCGCAAAGAGACUUCGAUGAUUGUCUCCCUUGUUCUGUGCAAGAGGCGCACAAACAGAUCGAAGAUGUGUUACGGGCCAUGCUGUAUAUGGACCAGAGGAGUGUUAUCUUCAAACCUAUCCACACAACAGACUUCGUUGUUACAACUUUAAAGAAAGGUUGGAAGACUUGUCGAAGUUUGAAUUUUUUUGUCAAUGGAAAACAGCUAAAGGCAUGUCCAUAUCAAUACAUAUUGAAAGUAGAUUUAAAACCUAUGCUAGACAAAACGACAGCACAUGCAAAAAGAAAAAGUUUAGAACAUGUGAAAAAUCUUGAUAAGUCACAUGACAAACCUAAAAACAGAAAGUCAGAUGAAGCUAGAACUGACCCUAAGCAAAUUGUAGAAUCUUAUAGAGGUAUACAAAAUAUAGAUGAUAUACCUGCAAAUGAUAAAUCUGUUAGAAACGAUGAAAAUUUGGAAGACAAUGAAGAGAAAGAAAGAGAAAUUUUAUUGGAAAAAAUUAGAAAAAGGGAAAGAUUGAAAAGAGAAGAAAUACGCAAGAAGGAAGAGGUUGAAAAACUAUUUACCACUGUCAGUGUACCAAAUAGUCCUGGUAAUGUAAAGCGGAGAAAGUUAUACAAGACUGAGGUGUAUUGUAACACACCUGGAUCGGUUAAUCUGAACAAAUUUUAUAAUACAAGGAGUACAUGUACCUCAAAAUCAAGGGGGAACGACAGAUUGUCAGAAUUACAUGUAUCAGACAAAAGAACAAUUAAAGAAAAAGUUGGAGAGAGAUAUACUAGAAAUGUUACAAGAUCUAAACAAAAACAGGUAGAUGCAUGUUCCCCUGAGGUCAGUGGCCUGAGGAAUGAUAGCAUAUUAAUAGAUACAGGUAAUGUAUCAGAAUGUGAAAAAUUUAUCAGUAGCAAAACACCCCAAGCUAGAUCAUCUAGGUUAGUUGGAAGUAAGAUACAUAAGCAAAGUUUGGAUGAUAAUACAGUAUCUGGUAUUCGUAAAAUGUCUGGAAGGUAUUCAGUACGUAACUUUGAAGAUGAAGCUGUAUCUUCACAAGAGAGGGAACUAAGAAACAGGUCUGCUAAAACUAGUGGUGCAGAUAAUUCAAGAAAAUCUAUGCAACAGAACAGUUCUAAGUUAAGGCAGAAAACAGAAUCAAAAGGAAUUCCUAAAUAUGUGUCAAAGAAAACUCCAAAUACUCACAGUAGAAAACAGAGAUCUGUGUGUUCAAAUAAAAGAUUAAAAACGACAAAACAGUUACCAACUAAAACAUAUCUGGAAAGACUAACAAGAAGUAGGACUCACUCUAUCAGUUCAGAACCCAAAACUAGAAGUUCUAAGAAAAAUACAAGGUUGAAUAUAUUGAGGAAAGGAAAGAGUAAGAGUCAAACCCCAGUAAAAUCAAUGUCAUCAAAGAAAACAGUUGAAAACUAUAGUGUAAAACCUGUGAGGAGACCGAUAUUACAAAACAAACCAUCUGCUUCACCUGGAAAGUUAAAAUUUAGAACGUCAUCUCGCUGUACAGGAGAAGAAUUAGCACCAUCUACAAGGGAAAGUCGUAGGCUUAGAAAUUUUAGAAGUGUUACAACAAAAAAUCAGAAUCUUAAGACAGAUAGUGUAUCACAGACAAGUUCUUCUAGGUCAUCAUCUGAAUCACGGGGUUUGGAUCCGUCUGCUCUGAAUGUAGUGAAAUAUUCUUUCAGGAGCAGAAGUCUGUCACCACAAGGAAAGAAAGGAAAUAAUUCUGGGAAGUUAUAUAGAGGAAAAAGACCACAAAACUCAAAUGAUGGUAAAAAGAGACCAUCACCUAAAAUUGAUCUUUUUAGACCAUAUCAGUCAAUUGGAAAUGAGUCAGAGCGACUUGAAAAUUUACGGUAUAAUUCCUUCAGUAAGAAAUCAAAGCGUGUUACACGGAAUCAGUUGGAUCGUCAUGAAGUUGAGAAAGAAGAAAUAAAGGAAUCGAUGAAAUUGCAAACAAUAUCAAAAUCAGAUUCACCACCAUCUUCUUCAAGAAGAUCACCAAGGAAACGAAAGUCUAAUGCAUUAUGGGAUUUUAUUGAUGCUUUUAUUACUCCAAUGAAGAAAGUUUUUAAAGGUUGAUUUUUUUUCGAUAUUUUUUUUACAGUGUGUCAUGCAUGUCACAGGUCAAAUUGAGAUUGAUUGUGUAGCUACCAUUAAAAGAAAUUCAACUAAGUGGACAAAAUUCUGUGAUUAAACAUUAACAUGUCACUGCAUGUAUCUCUAUUAAACAUAAUUAUGAUUUCAUAAAACUUAUUUAGUUUAUUACAUUUUAACCAAAUAGGCAAUGUUACAUUUUCUUGAAUAAUUAGCUACUGAACAAAAAUCUGUGCCACUCUUUUAUUUAUACAUUUGUACAUGUAUAGUAUUGUUUCAUAAACAGAAUGAUAAAAUAUCUACU